AUGACAUCUACCUACUUCGACAGUGCCGUGGAUGCUCAUGUUGGAAGCCAGCUGCUCAAUUCUGUGAUUGGACCCGAAGGAAUGCUCCACAACAAGACCCGCAUCCUGGUGACGAAUAAGCUGUCGUUCUUGGAAAAGGCGGAUCUGAUCAUGGUGAUAAAGGAUGGAAGGAUUGAGUUUGAGGGAAAGUACGAAGAGCUAAUGCAGCAAGAUGCUUUCGAGCAAUUACUGAUCGAGUGCCAGCAAGUCGACCAGUAG